GGGUGCCCAAUCUUACUAAGCGUUCAACCCCCGCGUUGCUUCGUUCGAUAUCUGCAAGACGACGUCUACUCUGCAACUCGCGUCUCAUCUAUUCGAUACGAGCGGUUAACAUCUCUGUCCGACGUGUGCCCAUAGUAGCAGUUUUCCUUGCUCUAUUUUGAAAGCCGUUGACCUCAAUGUCCCUCCUGUCGAGACUGCCCGUUCCCCCAGGACUCGCCGGCGAUGUGCAGCCUUCUCGAGAUCCAGUUCAUCAGCGUGUCUAUAAUGCCGCCGAAUUGCUCAGCAUUCGGCAUUUAUUCGCACCAAGUCUAUUCUUCAAUAACGACCCUGCUUAUAUGAGAACCGCAAGGGUCAUUGGCUCCUACGUCGCCGUAUUGCCUCCGGAAGAUGCCUCAUCAGAGCCGAAUCGCUGGAUGCUAGUGCUUAAGACCGGCCAACAAACGACAGUCAAAAUUGAAUCAAAGCAGGCGGAUCCAUUGGGUAAUACAGUAGUGUGCUGUUCUGACGGGCCUCAUGUGCUCGAGGCCGGAGAGUUGGAGAAUUGCGCAAGGAGCUGGGCUCUUGACGUGCGACCGGGGAGUACUGUGGGCGAAUGGCUAGAUCGGCUCGUGGAGACUGGAUCGACGAGAUACAGACUUGUCCGGGGGCUUGGAUUCCUUUGGUGGAUGGACUAUGUCCUACACGAGCUGAAUAGCUUCUUUCUUGGGCUGCAUCAAAUAACCGAUUUAAAGUCCUGGAUUAGAAUGGUUUGGAAUAAGGACGGGGCGGCCAUUUCUGAAAUGAUGCGGACACUUGAGAAAGGAGUAUGGCUGGAGAUGGAAAGCUACUUAGAAGGCGCCCCUUGGCGCUCGGCGUCGGUGGGACUCUGCGCUGGUCCCCGAACAAACCUGAAGGCGUGACUAGAGUGCGGCGAAGGCGGGUCGGAUGGCGUCAUUACAUUGCAAAACUAUUUGAUGCUUACUCCAGUUGGGAUACGUCGUCUUUGAUUGACGCAACUCAACGCUAUUUCGCAGGCGUUGGUGGUGUUGCAAAGGCACGCGGGUGGUUAUAUAAGCAAAUGAAAACGCAGAUUGGCAUAAUGUUUUGGGAUUUUUUUGUCGAGUGGUUUACUGCGCGCUGUUUGUUACAAAGAAAGCAGGACUCUUUUAAAAUACAACGGCAUCUCGUUUUAGGAUGAGGUUGAACUGCCCUCACCCAACAACCUAGCAAUCAACACGUACACGAAAAUCGCCAUGCCAGCCAGGACCAGCUUAUUCCGGAACAGCCAACCCCGGCC